CACACUUUCUUACGCCAUUUCUACCAGUCGGGUUUCUGCAAUUAUCUGCAGCGAACACAGCCAUGAGAACUCAAGCUCUCAGUCAUGAUCAGAACUCAUGUGAUGGAGCUGAAUCCAUAAAGAUGCAUCAGAUUCAGAACACUGCCACAAAUAACCAGCUUCCAUACCAAGACCCACGACACUGCAGCGACUCUGAGUUCGUCGACGACGAUGGCCGCAGCCCAAAGCGAGCAGGGAAUGUUCGGAGUGCGUGUGUUUCCUUAACAACGGCUAUUGUGGCUAGCCCCAAGUAUAUGUUCUUGCCAGGGAACGUUGCACGACUUGGAUGGGUAGCUGGUCCCGCCGGGGUAAUCUUCUUCUCCCUCUUGACUUACUGUACCUCCGCUUUGCCGUGCGCUUGCUACCCUUCACCUGAAGUCCCUGCCAAGAGAAACCAUACUUACAUGGAUGCCAUUCGAUCCAACUUGGAUGGGGCAAAGUACUUCAAGAUCUGCUUGGUGAUUCAGUACCUGAACCUUCUUGCAGCAGCCAGCGAGUACACUGUAUUUGCAGCCCUAAUGAUGAUGCACGUAGCUAGGGAUAUCAAGUACGGGCUCUCUAUUAAUUGUCGCAACGCAGCUGAUGCAUGUUAUGUUAAUCCCAUGCCAUACUUCAUGGCUUUCGCCGUUGCUCAAAUAAUUCUCUUUCAAAUUCCCAAGUUUCCUCAGCUGCGCAUGAGUUUGUCCAUUCUGUGUCUUAUGAUGUUCCUACUUUAUUCAGGAAUUGGACUUGGCCUUGCUAUCGCUAAAGUUGCAGGUGUGCAUGGGGUAUAUUAUGCAGAUCACCUUGCAUUAACGGAUAGUAAUAAUACUAUGACUCGAGCCCAAAAAAUAAUGAAGAUCGUCCAAGCAGUCGGGGAAAUAGCUCUUGCAUACGAUUUAUCAGCUGUCCUUAUCGAAAUCAUGGAUACAGUUAAAUCCCCACCAUCAGAAGCCGAGACAAUGAAAAAGGCCACUCGAGUUAGCCUUAUACUCACAACCUUUGUCUCCAUGCUUCAUGGCUGCUUGCUUUAUGCUGCUUUUGGAAAUAACGUCUCUCCUGUAUUCCUCCUUCAUGGCUUCUAUAAAUCAUAUUGGCUGCUUAACAUGAUAGCAACUGCUGCCAUUGUACUCCAAUUUGCUGGAGGAUACCAGAUCUAUUUGCUACCCAUUUUGGCCAUGGUUGAGGAAACCCUAGCAAAGAGAUUCCCGGAUAAUGAACUCAUCACCAAAGACAUUAAAAUCCCGACCGGCUGCAGGCAUUUUGGUCCCUACAAACUCAACCUAUUUCGACUGGUUUGGAGGACACUUUUCGUGAUCACAACCACUGCGUUAUCAAUGUUUCUACCAAUCUACCUCGACCUGCUUAAACUCUUUCAGAUUUUGGCCUUUUGGCCUAUGGCAGUUUACUUCCCAGUGGAGAUGUAUAUCGUGCAAAAGGAGAUACCAAAGUGGAGCAAAAGAUGGAUUUGCCUUCAAAUCCUCAGUGUCGGGUCCCUCAUUGGUACCAUAGCCACAGCUGCUGCCUCUAGUGUUAGUAUUGGGUCUAAUUAUUAUAAUCCCUUCAAGCCAAAGUAUUUCUAGGCAGAUCAUGAUCAACUUCAUUUCGUCUAUGGGAGUACGAUUCUAGCCGGCCAUAAAUCAAACACUUUGCAGGUUAAAUAAACUUAGGUUUGAUUUUCCUUAUAUAAUAAAUUAAGGUGUGUAUCUUCAUGUAAUUUUCCUAUAUAUUCAUGGCCGGAUAUCAAUGCUUUGUAUUAAGUUACA